AUGCCUGAAAAAAACUGGCCACCAUGCCGUCCGGUUAUUUAUCAUAACAUUCAAGAAGAAAUUGUUGACCCUAAUUCUUGUCAGACCGUUGAACAAUCAUACAAGCUAUGGCUUUCAAUUUUGGUUACCAGUUUCACUGGCCGUUAUUCUCCUAUCUCGGUCAUUGGUCAGCUCAUACUUGCGCUUGUUUAUAUCCUCUUAUGGCCAAUAUUUGAUUUCAUUGCUAGACAUCUUACCUUGUAUAGAGCUUACAAAGAUGAUAAUCUAAGCUAUUUCCGUUGGUUUUUCCUUGUAACAUUACUUGAUAUCAUUUUUGGUGUAUUCAUUGGCAUUGGUUGGGUUUUCGGAGGCGGUGGUGGAUUAAUUGAGAUGGUUACAAAUUUUAAAGCGAUUCACGAAAAAGGUGCUAUUGCCAUAGUCGCUGGUGUUUUUAACGCUGUCUGUGCUACAUUAGUGUUUGCGCAAGUCGUUAUGCACAUUAUGUUAUGGCGCAAGGUACACGCUUACAUUGAAUCUAAAGGUUGGACAAUUCUCCCUGGAAAAUAA